UGAGACGGCCCUGGGUAAAGUAGAUUUCUCUACUCUUACUUCUCUAUUAUUCUAUUUAUAGUAUGUUUGUUUAUAUUAUUUUCAUACUAUUGCUGAUCAAAGAAUAGUAUAACAUGUACGGUUGUCCAUAAUUCAUUUAGAAUUUUUCAAGAGUUUUCGCCUCUACUCCGUAUUAGUUAAGCUAGGAAAAGAAAGGGAUGGAAGAUGAAAAGAAGGUGGUACUCCAUGGUUUUUAUGGUAGCCCUUAGGCUAGAUGGGUGAAGAUUGCCCUUAAAAUCAAGGGCAUACCCUAUGAAUAUGUUGAAGAGAACUUGAAAAAGAAGAGCCAAACGCUACUUCAGUACAAUCCUAUACACAAGAAAGUUCCCGUACUUGUUCAUAAAGGAAACCCUAUUUCGGAGUCAUUGGUGAUCCUACAAUACAUCGAUGAAACUUGGAAGAAUUCUCCUCAUCUCUUGCCAUCAUCCGAUCCUUAUUUAAGGUCUAUGGUGCGGUUUUGGGGAGAUUUUAUGCUGAAUCUGGUUGAUAUGUCUUUGAAGAAGGUUAUAGCAAGUAGUCAAGGGAUUGAAGAAGAAAAUAGCAAAAGUGAAGUCCAAAUGAAGUUAAAUAUUCUAGAAGAAAACAUGAAGGUUAUAUUUCCAUGUGAUGCACCUUCUUGUAAUGAAGAAAUGGGGAUGCUAGACAUAUUAUUAUGCGCUUUCCCAAGCAUUAUCAAAACCAUGGAAGAUGCCUUCAAUUUGAAGAUAAUGGAACCAGAAAAUUAUCCUUUGAUUACCUCAAGAAUGGCAUCACUUUUGGGCCUCAAUGUGGUAAAAGACACUGCCCCAUCUCAUGAGAGGUUGGUCAUAUUUUUCCGAGCUUAUAGGAAAUUGUGUUACAAUUUCUAAGUGCAAUUCCCUUUUUGGGUAUUUGGAAAGCCAUAAGAGCGAGUGGUAAGAAUCGAUCCCAAGACCUCCGUCCUGAUGUGGAAACAAGAGGGGAACGGAGAUCUAAUCACUUGAGUUAUCUCUUACUCUCAUUGCAAUUCCUUGUUGCUUGAUGUAUUGUGUAUUUGUGACUUUGGAUUAAUAAUAACAGACAAUUACGUCUUUAAUUAAUGUAUUCGCGGUUAGUUAAUCAAUAAUAAAGCUUGUACAA